AGCGAGCUUCGGCAAUGCCCCGGCGGCAGAAGACUGGCGACCGGCGGAUCGACGCCGCGAUCGACCACUUCGUCCCGAUGGGCUUCAAGAAGGUCGACAUCCGCAACAUCGUCAAUAGCCUCCUCAAGAAUGUGUAUGGGAACGAUGGGUGGCCGUUCCUGGAGGAAAACUGUUACCACGUAGUGCAGGAAGCCCUCUUGGAGAAGCAGGAGGAGGAAGAGAAGCUGCAGCUGCAGGUACUUCAGAAGAAGCAGGAGCAGCAGCAGGAGGAGGAGGAGGAGCAGCAACAGCAGGAUGAUGAUGAUGAGGAAGCUCAGCAUGUGCAGGAGCAGCAGCAGGAGGAGUGGGAGGACGAAGAUGAGGAUCAGCAACAAGAUGCAGCAAUGGUGCCAGUUGUGCAGGUUCAUAAUGAGGAGCCAUCUAACACUGUGUUAGCUGUUGAGCAAACAGAGGAAGUGAUCAUUGACCCACCUGCUCCUAAAGCAUUGCCACAUCUGGCAGCUGCAAGAAGUGGUCGCGCAAGGCGUCCCUGCUUUGGAUGGAUCAGUGAGUCUGACAGUGACUCGGACUAUGAAGAAUUUCUCGCAAGUCGACAACAGGUGGUGCAUGUCCCAGCUGCAGGAGGAGACCUUGGUAAAAGGAAGCGGCUGACUAGAUGGGAUGUGAAGAAGGAAGCCACCUAACAGGAGUCUGAUAGAAGGCCACAGCAGGAUGCGUGGACAAGUGACGUAAUUCUCAGUAGCAGUAUGAUGCUAGUAUUAGUAUUAUAUUUGGAGAACUGAAUUUGCAAUGGUAGUGUUGCACUAGUAGUAUAUAAGUAUGGAGUAGUGGCACUAGCUGGGUGUUGACCGUGGCGUGGACUUAAUUUUCAGUAUUAGUAUAACACUAAUAUUAUAUAUGUAAUACUAUGGAGACCUGAGCUCGCAAUGGUAGUGCGAGACUAGUAUAUAAGUAAAACAAGCUUGGAGCAGACACUUGAACAAGUGCUGCUUCCAUGAAGGAUGUAAGAACAGCAUGGGUACUGCUAAUUAUAAUUAGUAGGUAAUUGGACAGUGGUA